AUUCAGUGUUUGUGUUAGUUCUGACUGCAGAGCACAUCCCUGAAACAAGAACGAACGACUGACAGCCGAGACACGCACGCACAAACAUAAAUAUCAACAACCACAGGGAGUGAGCUGAACCUUCCUUAUCAUCUUUUUUUUCUGAUGAAGUGACUCGGCUGUGACCCUGGGUGGAGGUUUCUGGAUCUGGAUCUCUGGUGGAGCUGAACAGGAGGUCAGGUAGAAACGCUGCUUCACAGCCAGCAUGCUCCGGCAGUCUCUGAGCAUCCUGAAGCAGCUUGGCGGUGCAGCAAAGUAAGUUCUCUGAACUCUCUCGUGUUUGUACUUAGAUGUUGUUUUGAAACGGCCACAUUAAGACUCACAGUCAUAUAAACUCAACUCAGAGUUUAAGACCUUAUGUGGAGACGAAAGUUAGAUAUUGGGUGCCGGUUUUGAUUUUGAUGUGAACAUGAGCAUGUAGAACUUUUUUACUUUUUAGUGAAAAUUCAAAUUCCAGUAUAAAUUAAACUUUUAUUUGCUCAAAGAAGCAAACCUUGACAUUUUCCCACUACACGUCUUCUUCAGAUAUGACCUUAAGCUCAUAGCAGCAAAAAAAUGAGCUUUAUUUGUUGCUGUGAAAUCAAGCAGAAACCUGCAGUCUUGAGUAAUGAAGUCAGUGCGGAUGUGCUGAAAACUAUAGUUCCUCUAGAGUCCACUUGAGGCCGGCUCCAUAAGCCCCAGGGGCCACAUAUACACCCAUUAAAAAACCAGGCUUUGCAGCAAAAGAAAACAAACAUGUUUACAGCCUGUUGCAAUAAACGUUUUUUGUCUGAAUAGUUCACUUCUCUAUUCCCAGACACUGUCCAGAGGGGAUCUAACUCACUCUCAGUUUUGAAGAGACUACAGUAAGAGUUUAGUAUAAUUUGUCACACAGCUCACUUGAUCAUCAGAUGGGCACACUGUGGCUGUUAAGGAGGCUAAAACUUUUUCACUUUUCUUUUCAGUGAUAUGGUUGCUGUCCUUGUCUCAGUUUACAAGCGCCGUGCAAAAAUAAAAUUACUGACAGUCAUGUCUGCCUCUGCUUUGGUAGGUGGAGACAUGCCCCCUUUCACAUUGUCAUUGGUUGACCUAUUGAGUACCAAAACAAUCCAAAAGCUAAGAGUUGGUUUAACUGCUUUUAAGUAGUACAAUGACUACACUGUGAAUUAUUUUUAUUAACUAAGUCAUCGUCAAGCUUUCUACUCAGUGUCAAACUCAGGUUAGAUAUUAGUUAUUAAGACCUUGAAGCCUCAGUAUCACCCUCUAGAAACAGGUCGCAGAGCUGGUCAAAUUGAGGCAGUGACUUUUGUAAGGAUGGUAAAAGUGUUUCUGAUCACAUGAACACAUGAGUGUUGAUUUACCCUGUCCAUCAGGACUUAGACUACUAUUGUCUCAGUGUCUGAAAGAUGUUGCUCUCCUGUUUAUGAUGUUUUAACUCAAAAGGUCAGGGUUGCAGGAUUACAAUCUUAAAUUCUUCAUGAACUCAGAAAGAAGAUUUUUGUCCAAAGUCACAAUUUCAAGAGCUUACAAAAUAAAUGUGCUUGUAAAAAUACAAAGAGAGCUACUUGAUUUCAGCAGAAGUUUAACCUCUAGCCAAACAUAAUUGAAGAUUUUUUGGUGACCAGUCAGAUUUCAAGGUGGGCCAAGGGCACCCCUGACCCUUACCGGGUUCUGCCUCCGCCUCAAAACCAGACCUUUUUGUGGACUCCUGUGAACUCUCACUGGCUGUACAAGAGAGGUGUCAUUUUUAGAGCUUUAUUUUGCUCGUAGAGGAAAUAUAGAUUUUUUUGGGUUUCCAUGUUCUCGUUUUCUUGGUUGCAAACUCGGUGUUGAAAAGUGUGGUGAGCUGAAAUGCUGCAGUCUCUGUUCCUCUUGAAAUUAAAGCAUGCUGUUUGGGUUUUGAGGGAAACCAUAGGUUUAUCUGCACAUGAAAACCACUGAGUUUCGGCACACUCCAGCCGACGAAAGACUCACAUUUGUAACAUACUGUUUGAGCAGGCAUUGCUCAUCAGGACUUGGUGCUGUUUUGAUAAUGUUGCUCGAUUGUACCAGGUUCAUGAGAUCUGUGUCACUUUCUUUAUCAGUCUGAAAUCUGCUGAUCUGGAAAGUUAGCUUUUAUACACAAGUGUGACAUUUGCAAAUGAGCGGGUGACCAAAUAAUCCACCCACACCCUCUUUGGUUUCUUACCUGCACUCUUGCACACAGCAGGGCUAAAACUGUGCGUGUGUGUAAGUGUCUGCCUCUGACACACUGUGGUUUAAUAAUAAACCUACACAUCAUGCAUCUGCAGCAGAGCAGAGUGAGCUCUAACAACCUCAGCAAAAUGUCACCCAGUUGUCAAUGUGGGCUGACAAAAUACUUCUAAUGAAAUAAUCAUGGCCGACAAAAAUUGAGAGGCAACCUCAUACUCAGUAUUUUUGUAUUUACAAUACCUCAUGAAUGAUUCAACUCUUUUUCUAAGCUGAUAACCAAAAAUCUCACUGAACACUGACUUGGAUCAAGUUUUUACAUCCAGUGUUAAAAAGAAUGGAGCCAUUGCAGAAGAGUACAAAACUGCAGUUCCUCAAAUGUCCACUAGGAGCUCAGCGCAAAAGCCAAAGUAACCAUAUUAAAGUCUGUAUAAAAACGCCCUUUGUACAGUUAACAAGUUUACAGCCUGGUACACAAAAAGUUUUUGACCUCUAUACCUCCUUUCAUUAUUCAUGGUCUCCAUAAGGAUGUAAAUAUUUGUAUCACUCAGUAAGAAAGCUGGAUAAUAACCACGCAUGAUAGGGUUUUGCAGCUGAUUUGACUGACAGGUGGGUCCACAGGGGGGCACGCCUAAACCACACAGUGGGUAUUUCCAACAUUGUGUCCACCACCAUAUAAUAACACAGUGAGAGUACACCUGUUUUUAUAGUCUGUGAUUCUGAACAAUCAGUUCUCCAUACCGUGAGGUUAGUGAGUAACCAAUUAUCUUGUCAGCGCCGACAGAAACCUUCAAAAGAGGUACCUGUGAUGUCUUAUUAAAGCUCGCUAAACGUCUGCUCAUAUGCUCAGUUGUAGCGUUGCUCUCUGUGUGAUAUUCAGUUAAACCGCCCCCCAGAAGAAAAAGAUGAAACGAGAGUCAGGGGGAAAAAAGAGGAACUCUGGCGUGUGGUUCAAACACAUUGGGGAAUUCUGUUCUCUGUGUUUUGUAGUGUCAGAUGUUGAGGAGGGGGUGUAAAAGCAACACCUUAUUCUUGUUAAGGCUCAUUUGUCCUUUUAGUGAACCGGGUUGGGUUUCCUUUUGAUUUGACAGAAGCUUGACAAAAUGCUCUCAGAGCUGCAGGUGUGAUUGUUGUUCUUCAUCUCUUAAUUCAUCUUUCAGUCCAAACCUUUUUGUAACGGCUGCGCAUCGUGGUGUGUCACAGCCCUACCCCCUCUUACAGAGCUGGUGCUAAAGUAAACCACAGCUGCAGCCCUCGCACUCCAGCUUUAGUCUGUGGGCUUCGUGUUGCCUCUUUGGCCUAAAAAUGUCCUCACUUAUGAGAGAGCUGUUGAAUUGAGCACUCUGAGCAGAGGUAAAUAAGGUCCUCCAGUACAUGAAUGCAGCAGUAUAGCAUCAGUGUUUCUCAUUUUUGAUGCUACAUUGAUUUCAUUUUUGAAACUAUUUCUUUCUAGUCAAACUGAAAAAGCAUUUGUACCUCUUUUACUUUCUUUAUGAAACGUCUUUGUGGAUUGCAUUUUAAAUUUGUUAAACUCAUAAGACAUGCAGUCAAGCUGAGACACAGUGAAUCUUUUCAAUGAGGAACACUGAAGACAAAAGCAUCAAUACAACACAAAGUUACUAAAGACAGGACAAUCUUACUAUCUGAUACUAUGUAAAGGAGCUAACCCUACAGCAGUACAUUUGAACUGAUAAAAGGAAUCAAGCAAUCUUAGAUUUAACUUCAGGAGCAGACCAAGAUCUGUUUGGACUCAAAGAGUGAUUGAUAAAUGAACCUGGGAGUGUCGACUAUCACAGCACUGUUUACUGCUGCGUGAGGCAUUAAUGGCAAAACAGGAUUUGUUUUUAAAAUAAAGCAUAAGUUAAGUUACAAUUAUUUUUUAAAAGUUAAUUAUUAUAAAACUCAUUUUACUUAUUGUAAAAUGUCUUUGCAGCGACAAACAACAAUAUCGUCUGCAUCAGAGGUGGGGUCUUGAUGACUCGACUCGAGACUCGACUUGGACUUGAGUCCCGUUUUUGAUGACUUAAGACUUGCUUGAUGAAAUCAAGAAAUGACUUGGACUCGCUUGGGACUUGAUUGCUAAAGACUUGAGACUUGACUUAACUUGAGCCCAGUGACUUGAAAAGUCAAGUCAAGUCUUCUCAAGUCACUUAAUACCUUACAGAAAGCCCAAACUGUUUAAAAAGUAUCGCAUCAACUAAUAGUCAAGAAUUACAGCCCUUGGUAACACUGUGUUGUGUUGCCAAGUCUGCUUAUUUCCCGCAAAAAAAUUUCGCUUGUUUUUGGCUAGUUUCUGGAGGUCUGUUUCCUUAUUUCUCUCACGAAACUUGGCAACACUGUCUCAAACUCUAGUAGACUUGGUUGGGACUCGAAACAAAAAGUUCAGGACUUGGACUUGACUUGGGACUUGUCUGUGUUGACUUGGACUUGACUCGAGACUUGAGAGCAAAGACUUGAGACUCGACUUGGACUUGCAACAUAGGGACUUUCCCCCACCUCUGGUCUGCAUCAAAAGCCCCCUUCAUCUUUAUUUUUUAGUAAAUAGUGACAAGAGCGGGUCAUCAAAGUGCAUAGUACUUUGAUAGGGAUAUUCAAAGUAAGUUUAAGUCUUAGUCACUUUACAAAGUCAUGGUUGAUUUAGUCAGAUUGUGGUCUCUAUGCAUCUUAUUGCUUUAGUCAAGAGUCAGUCAGUGAAAUUCAAUCAUCGUUCAGUCUGUUUUAGGUUGAUGUUUUAGCAGUCUGUUUUCCCUGAUUAUAAAUGAAUCUGCCAGAGGAAAGAUGUUUUCCCUGAUUAUAAAAAAAUCUGCCAGAGGAAAGAAUGACUCAUUUGGCGGUAAAGACAUUUCUCACACUUCUGUGUAUCAUUUUGAAGAAUUAAUGCCAGGAACUGUUAUUGAAAGUGCAAUUAAUCAAGCAGCUAUUUUCUUUCUUUUUCUUUCUUACUGCAAGUAACUAAUCAGUACAUGUGAAAACACACAGGAUAUUAACAUUGUCCUCCACUGUUAUAUUGAAACACUUAAACUGAAACAAGGGGGAGUGAAAUGAAAACAUUUCUAACACCUCAAACAACAAAAUUACUCAUCCUUUCUCCGUAGUUUUGGUUUAGGUUUUUAAAAGUGAAAGAGUUUGAUAGUGAGACUGACAGAGCUGGGAGGUAGACCAUGAUAACAUAUAUGACCAAAAUUUUUACUGUCAAAUAUAUCAGAGUGAUUUCAUUUCUCUGCUCUGACCCCAAGCUAGAUUUACAAACUUGUAUAUUUCUUUUUCAAGUUUUGUAUUUCAGGCAUAACUUGAAAGAUAAAUAAUGGAUAACAUUUCAGACUUGAAUAUCAAAAUGGUCAAAUAAUGCAUCUUUUGUAAUUCAAGGUCCUGGCUUUGUCUAGUUGUUAACCAGUUGAUUCACUCAAACCAUCAUCUGUAUUUGUAGGUCACAAGAUGCCACUGAACUUCUGCAUGAAGAUCUGGUUUUGGUGAGAAAAAGAAUCAAGUUCUUAAGUGUUUUCAGUCUGAUGUUUCUUAUAAGAUUCAAUUUAUUGGGAAUAUAACAGAUUUUAUUCCAUAGACUUUUUUUCUUGAAUGAUAGAGAUAGAAAACAAUGAAAAAAUCAAACAAGUUGAAAUAUUGUUUCCUCAACUGUUUUUAUUCUGGCAAACAGGUGAUACUGAUACAGAAAAUAAACAGUAAUUAUCUCAUGAAAACUUACACAUCAAGAUAUUCACAGGGUUCACUUCUAUUAGCCACGGCAAUGUUUCAGCUUUAACUGUUUUUAUAUGUUUGUCUGGCUUUGUAAAGGUGGAGCAGCGAGUGGAGCCGGCCAAGAAGGCAGCUCAGGUCCUACACAAGAAGCUGCAGGGCUGCAUGCAGAGUCAGUCCGGGCUGGAGGCAGAACGACGAAUGGUACAGAAGGACUUUCUUUCAUCCAUGAGGACAAUAUAAAUCUGAAUGAUUGAUAACUGGACCCUCUAUUUAUGCAAAGACUACAGUAGUAUAAAAUAUCCUUAUACUAAUGACUGUCUUACUGUGAUUUUUUUAAGAAAAACAACCAUGAAGUUAAAACAGGUUGAACAUUUAUAUGUUAUUUUAUAUUUCAGUGUGAGAGCAUCAUAAGAGCAUGCUAAUGAUUAUAGAUAACACACCCUCACAAUGCCUGUUUUAACAAACAAUUCAAACCCCUUAGUUACUGAAUCACAUUAAAAUAAUGUUCAAUACAAAGCAGUAAAUCCUGACAUUGAGGAAGAUAGAACCAUGAAAAAGUAUUUGUGAAGUUUUUAAGAUCUACUGGUAAAUAGGUUACGUGUAAUGGCUGGCUUUUAAUAAAGCAACUUGCCAAAAAAUGAGCUCUAUAUAUCUUGCAAAAAAAUCCAAACUUGUAAAUAACUUGUAAAUGUAACUUAAACAGUCAAAUAGUUUUAGCAGAGUGAAGUUGAAGUAGAAAAAAAAUGGUAUAAAAAGUUAGAUGUGACUUUGGUACAGAGGUAAAUGUAAGUCCUGUUGUGUAACCUCUGUAUCUGUCUCUGCAGAAAAAGCUUCCUCUGAUGCUGCUGUCCGUCAGCAUGGCUGAGAGCCUCAAAGACUUUGAUGCAGAGUCCUCUAUUAGGUGACAGGUUUGAUUUUCUGCUGUUAUCUAUCCCUCUGUUUACCCCCCCAUCAAUAUGUGCCCUUCACCUGGACUCUUGACUCAUGUAUGUGUUGACUGCUGUCAUGUGGGAACCUCAUGACCUUCAAAUCUACUGUUUUUUAUUUUAUUUUUGAGGAUCUAAACACUGUCUGCAAACUUCGUAAUUCUAUUAAUGUCAUUUAUUUAUUGUCCCGAUUAGAUGGUUUGUUCUAGUUUGUCUUCAUGCAGUGAUUCUUCUGUUUAGGAGGUGUUGACCAAAAGCUCUGUGUUUGUGUUGAUGUGUGUGUAUGUGGCAGGAGAGUAUUGGAGAUGUGUUGUUUCAUGGAGAAGAUACUGGCCAGUACGCUCGCAGACUUUGAGAUGAAAGUGGAGAAGGAAGUUUUGGAGCCGCUCAACAAGCUCAGCGAGGUGAGAGUUGAACAAAAACCCUGAGUGUUAAAGUUUGAUUAUGAAUAAAAGCCAGAUAUGAUGGCAAUAUUCAGUGAGCUGGCUCAUAUGAAGUUGUUAGACAAAAUGACAAGACCAUUGACUGUGUGAAAAGAUGGAUGGGGCACCACCCUGUGUACAGAGUCUAAAAGUCACUGGUUCAACACCCAGCCAUGACACUUUGCUGCACAUUGUCCCCCACCUUCUACUCCACAUAUGUCCUCUCUUACUUUAUCUGUCAUUCUAAUAAAGUUAAAACUGUACCAGAAAAAAUAACCAUAAACUGAAGGUAAAAGACCGCCUUCAUGGGAACAUAUCCCACAGAUGAAGCCAUGGUACAUGCAGAGACUGUCCAUACAGUGAACCACAUUUGAAUAAGAAUAAGAAGAACUUUAUUGUAACUCUAUUUUUAUUUAUUGUAACUUCAAGUAACAUCGAUCCCGUUUAUUAAACUAGAAUAAGAUGCAACCUACCACCAACAUGGUCAAGAUGCCUCUCAUUGUGAGAAACUUGUAAAUCAAGGUUGAGGUUGAUGAUGAUUGAUGGAUGGUUUGUGGAAAAUUCUGUAUGCUGUAGGCUGCUCUGAAAAGCUUGUUCACAAAAGUUACAUGAGAGUCACACAAGAGGGGUUUUGCUUAAAUAAUGACAUGUGUGGUGAACUGUUUUUAUUCUCAUCAAAAGGGAAAUAAAAAAGCAAUUAAUGAGCAGAAUACCCACAAUUCAAGGAAAGGCCAAUGACUUAGUGUUUGAUACUCACCAAUAUCUAAUCUGCCAAUGUGGACAUGAACGUUACUGGAAGCUACAUUUAUCUCCACAGCUGUCAAUCAUGAUAUCACAUCCUCUUCUUUUACCGUGAAGUAUCUAAACUACUGGAACAAUUAACACUUGUAUAUAAACCAGCAUUAAAUGAGCUUACUACUAUGACAGAAAUCAUGUUUGAGAAAAAUAUAUUUGAUUUUAAUUUUCUUCUUUGACCUAUGUUCAAUUCUUUAUAAUGGUGGAGGCAGAUUUAAAGACCUGAAGUUGCUCAAUGAUAGCAACAACUUUCUAAUAAAGCCUCAGAGUCAACAAGUGUAAAUAAAGUGACGGUUAUGCAACAACAGUGCAACUGUUUGCACUUGCAUAGUCUAAUAUUAGGUUGCAUUAUGCUUUCAGGCGUUCCUUUUCCAUUCUCAGAAUAAAUUCAUCGAGCUGCUUUUUGCUUUUACGUGCGUCACUGUCUCCAUUUAUGAAAGUUGUAAUAAGCUCUUGACAACUUGCUGUAGCUUAAAAACAAACAGAAAACAAACAGAAAACAAAAGGAGUUUCCCUUAAAGCUCCAUGUGGGGAGUUUUAAAGCAGACUGAAAUUGAUACUGAUAUCUUUUUAGUUUCUACAACAGCUAUUACAAUAGAGACUGACCACAGCUGUGGGGUAGGUGUCAGACAAGAUGAUAAACUACAUGGUGUCAAAAGAGCAUUUUGUUUUGCAUACUACAGACACUCAGAGAGUGACAAAUCUAAAGUAAAAUAAAAAAAAGGGUGCCAAAUCUAAGUGUCAUAAGAAAGCAGGGCAAGAUUCUGGAUAGAAAAACAAACUACUAACACGUGUUCAGACAAAAUCAGCAGAGAAAUAAAGCCAGAUUUCAUAUAGUUUUAGCACAAUAAGAAGUUUUAAGAUUUUUUUCUUUGUUUAUUUCCCAGGAUGAUUUACCAGAAAUUCUUAAGAACAAGAAGCAGUUUGCAAAGCUCACUACAGACUGGCACAACGCAAGAACCAGGUGAGUUACAGACUCGGUCGAGGCUUCUUCUGAUGCAACACAGAUAUACAGUUUACACUUCCUUCUGUGUGAGUUCAGGAGUCAAGCCAGCACGGGUCCCCAGGCAAAGCAGGAUGGACUCAGGGAGGAAGUGGAAGAAGCUUGGAGGAGGUUGGAGAGCAUCAAGGUAAGAGUUUUUCCAGGUCACCUAAGUAUGCAUCCAUCGCUGGUGCAGUGUUGAUGAGCAAGACACCAAACCUGAGAUACUACUCUGUGAUUUCAAAAUGACUCUUUCUUUCCUUGACCACUUUCUGUGCCUGUAGGACCAGUACUCUGCAGAUCUGUAUCACUUCAUGACUAAAGAGGAGGACUACGCUAACUACUUCAUACGUGUGAGUUCUACUUCUGUUUUUAAGUGUGGAAAAAAUUAUCAAUUGGAUCUCUGAGAAAAUACACAUAACAAUGUUAUCUUGAUGCCUGUAAUAUUUCUGUCUUCGACCUCAGCUGCUGGAGCUGCAGGCAGAGUACCACAAAAACUCCUUCCAGUUCCUGGACAAAAACAUCAGCGAGCUCAAAGAAAAUCACAGUCAGAAAGGUGAAGUUAGCUGGCACCAAUUUGUGCAUUUUUCAGCUCCACUGUAGUAUUUCGACAUGUGCUCUUAUUUCCUCUGAAUACUUUUGUGGUUUCACAGGGUCACCGCUGAGCCUCUCGAAGCAGAAGGUCUACGGAGAACCUCUGCUGUCUCAUCUGUCACAAAGUGAGAGAGAAAUCGCUGCACCUAUCCAGGAGUGUAUUCACAUGCUGCUGAGAACAGGCAUGAGAGAGGAGGUAGGACAGAGGGCAUGAGAGUAGAAGUUCAACAAGCCAAAACAAGACGCUUUGAAUCAUACGCUCAUAAAACUCUGGUUUUGAGUUCACUUCAUCACUUAGAGCAGCUGCAGCAUACAGCCUUUAUCUACAUGAGUCUAAUUUGCAGAGAAAGUUUAUCUCAAGUUCAUUUUGUUCCUGUUUUCAUUAUCAGAUCUGCAGGAAUGUACUUUUACCAUUUGAAAUUUCCCAAUAUCAAUAAUUUAUUUUCAGCCUUUAGCUUUGGGACUGCUAUCAAAUUUAGCUGUAGCAAUCAUUAUAUUCUAAAUCUCAUCAAAUUAACACAAGAAUGGAUAUUUAGAUUUUUUUUUUUAUAUGCAUGACUUUAAGCAGUGAUGCAAUUGAAAAAAGAUGAGGUAGACCUGUAUAGUUUUCAUGCACAUAGGCAAUAAAAACUAGAGCUGCUAUUUAUUUAUUCACUCUUUCAAUUACGAGGUCAUAAAAAUAUUUGUUUGUGCUGUAAAAAAGGGUAUUGUCAAGGAUUUCUUGGCCUUCAUAGCUCAUCUCCGAUGAACAACCAGGGAACGGCAUUUUUUGGUACCACUACAUCAGUUUUAUUUUUCAGCUCCAGCAGUCACAGCUUGAUUAUAAGGUAUAAUGUUGCAUUUAGGUGCCAUUAGACACAUAAUGAAAUGUGUGUGAAUGUCUGCCCAAGUUGGGAAAACUCUAAAACUUGGGCAGGAAUCUGGUCCCUGACGUCCAACAAGCAUUAACCCUCAUUAGACUUUAGAUAACUUUGAACCCACCUGCUGUACAACUGGAACCAUCUAAGCAGCUCAUGAAUGCAGCACCAUGUUACCAUGCCAACCAUGAUAUUUUUACUUAUAACCAUAUGUAAUCUAUCAAUUAUCAAAAUAAAACCAUAAUAGUAAAUUGUUGAACUGAUUGACCAGCUGAGUACCUGACUAACUAAAAUUAUUUCUGCAGAGUUUAACUUUUAAUAUGCUAAAAUAUAAAAGGCAACACCAGGACUUAACAACAGAUACAUUUAAGAGAUGUUAAAAACUCCUUGAUAAAUUCAUCUUGGCCGAUUUGAUAAGCAUUCACUUUUGUUGUUUGAACAUUUAGCAUCUUUAACUUCUGGGUAUAAUUGCUGUGCAGAUGCCAUGGCCAAUUCAUAUAUAAUAAUAAUAAUAAUAAUAAUAAUAAUAAUAAUAAUAAUAAUAAUAAUAAUAAUAAUAAUAAUAAUAAUAAUAAUAAUAAUAAUAAUUAUUAUUAUUAUUAUUUUUAUUUUUAUUAUUAUUAUUAUUAUUAUUAUUAUUAUAUUUUUGAAAGCAGUCUUGUUUUCAGUCCUACUUAUUAACACUGUCUCUCCGUCAUUGUUCCUGGUCUCUUCCUUCUCCUUCAGGGCCUGUUUCGUCUGGCAGCAGCAGCUUCAGUGGUAAAAAGGCUGAAGAAUUGUUUGGAUCAGGAAAAUGUCGAUCACAGCGAGUUCAGCAUGGACCCUCAUGCUGUUGCCGGUAGGGAUUUCCCUGUGGUGACUUUCUGUUGUGGGUGGUCUCCGCUGCUCCUUCCCUGUUCAGCCUAAGUGACUUUCACUGCUCACUCCAACUUCCCUUUUUUCCCAACUUGAUGGUUUUUUAUUUAUUUUGUAAAACCCCUGCAGCAGCUUCCGGUUAUGUAAAAUGCAGAGAUUUAUUUGUGCAAAUUUUUUUUUUACAAAGUUAUAUAAAAGUUUUGUGAUUUUAAUAAAAUGAUAGAGAGGAAACAGUGAAUUCCAAGACAACAAUAUGGACAGUUAAAAACACCAGGAUUGGAAGCAAUGCAGAUCAUUUUUUACCGCUUUUGAGGUGCAACUUUGAUUUGUCUCUGAAUGUGAAAUUACAGGUGCGCUGAAGUGCUACCUGCGAGAACUACCUGAACCUCUAAUGACCUUUGAACUCUACAAUGACUGGUUUAAAGCUGCAGGGUAUGUAUAUACCUCCUAAACAUCUAUCAUUUUAAUAGUCAAGUCUGUGUCCUGAGUUUGGUUAUUUUUUUAAUAGAGAAAAAGACCCGACAGAGAAGCUGGAGCAGUUCAAGGUACUACUGAAGAAGCUACCGCCUGAAAACUACAACAACCUCAGGUGUGUAUUCACUGUACACAGUCUUCAGGAACAUUAAAAACUGUAGAUGACGUCUGUAAAGAGAGGAGUUCACAUUCUAGGAAAAAGAUGGCACACCUGCAUCAAAACCAGAGGUUAGCCUUAUAGUAACACUAUGUUGGUUGGCUCUGCUUUUUGUUUCAAUUGUACUGCAAACAUUCUUAGUCUCCAACUUUUUGAGUUAUACCAGCAGCAAGUAACAAUUAUAAUAUUUAGCAAACUUAAUGGUGCUUCCAGCAAAUUUUAUAUACUAAAGAAGGAUGAUUUAAGGAAGUUGAAAGUAUCAAACAGAUGUUAGUGAACCAGUAAUAGCAAGCUGGUGUCAGCAAGCAGGGUUUAGCACUGAACUCAAGGUAGUGCUGUUUUAUAGUACAGCAUCUAAGGGCUGCAAACGUGACACCAAACUCAUUUUAAGUCUGUCAGACAUGUUUUGAAAAUAUGGGAAUAACCACAGUUAAACGACUCAGAUUGAACAUUAAGCAAAGUGUCACAAUGGUGUCGUUCUGUGAACCUACAGCACUGCAAAGUCAGCUUUGUCAGGCACUUUAGGUGCUUUUUCGACUGCUGGAACUUUUCCCAGGGUCUAGGGACCUUUCUGAGACCUUCCCCUAAGAACUGUGUGGAAACUAGGGUCUCAGUUUAGUUCUGGGUUAAAAGACAUACCCCUUGAAAAGCCCCUCUGCUCGGGGGUAAGUUCUUUUCAAUGGCAUGGGGACUUUCGGAGGCAAAACCUGGCAAUUUUACCACCAAUAAAAAACAGGUCAUCAAUUUAUAGAUAAAAUAGUGGCAUCACAGAUGUACACACACACGCAAUGGAGAGAAGAGAGAGUCUGGACUAUGUAAAUGAUGUAUAUCUAUGAAGUUUGACUCUGUUGAUGUACAUUUUCUUCCAUGUCAGUGAACCUGUUGGCCAUAACAACAGUUUUAUGGGUUAGAUUCAUGAGAAAACAAUCAUGUUUACAAUAUAAGAGAAAGUUUAACAGAUAGAGGCACCAAAAGGAGAAAUUAUUGUGUAUUUGAUGAAUGAUUUAGUUCCUGGAAGUAAAAGUUCUGGGUGCUUUUGGUCGAGAAACACCUUUUGACUGAUUUCAUACUCGCAGGUCUAAUUGUUUCCCCCCUCUCUCUCUCCCGGUCAGGUACCUGGUGCAGUUCUUGUCUCUGCUUUCUGAGCAGCAGGCUGUGAACAAGAUGACACCCAGUAACAUUGCCAUCGUCCUGGGACCAAAUCUGCUCUGGCCUAAAACUGAGGGGUGAGAAGUGACAAAACCUCUCUGACUUGCUGCUUAAACUGAACAACACUAUACUGUCUGUGUAUAAAAAAAACAUGAAGUGUUGUGAGCUUUGCUUAAAAUCCAUUUGCCAUUUUCUGUCUGCAUUCAUGGCAGCCACAGAUUUCACCAAAUUUCCCGAGAGCUUAAACCUCUGUGAGCAUAUUUUCCUCUUAAGACAACCGCUGUCAUAACGUCUUAUUUUCCUGUAGUAACCCUCUGGGUGUUGACUUUUUCUCGUGAAUAUUCACACUCUUGAUUUCACCACACGUUGACCUUCUUUCCCUCUCUGCCUCUUCAGUGAAGUGGCUCUGUUUGACAUGGCAUCAGCUUCAUCAGUCCAGGUGGUGACAGUCAUUGAGCCUCUGAUUCAGUACAGCUCCAGCCUCUUCCCUGAAGGUAGAUAAAACUAAUGUGCCCUGUCAGUGAGAGACGAUGUAAAUAGUCACUCUGUUUUAUCUUCCACCAUAUCAUUUUGAUCAUUUUUAUUAUUGCUAUGAUAAUAAUGCUUUUGUCACAUUUAUCCUGAACAAAUCUGUAAAUUCUGCAAAAACACGGGCGAUGAGACGAUCAGUUGACAUUAGGCCUAGUUCAAUCUUUAAAAGUUCCUGGUCGCACAGAGGACAAAAAAAGUCUCUUCCUGCAUUUUUCUUUUGAUUGUUUAUUUUUGGUAUCCUGUGAAAGUCCAGAAAUAUGAAGGAACUGUGUCAGCACUUUUGAAACCAAAAUAAUCUUCUGUUUUGUUUUUUCGCCAAAUGUACUUCCUCAAGACUGAGUAUCCAAAUGAUGUUUUGAUGCCAUUUAACUUUGUUAUGUGAAUCUAAACUUACACUAUGACUCAGACUUUUGUAACUGCAGGCAUCAAUAAGCUGAUCUGAGAAUAGCUGAAUGAUACAGGAGUUUUUGGAAGCAGUGAUUGAUUUAGAUUUUCUUCUUAACAUCAUGUUACACCCAUCUGACUACAUAAAGCAGGGUAGUAAAAUAUCUGAAACCCAUAACUGACACACUGUAAAUAAAGAAGUCGUGCUGCACCAUCGCUCCACACUGCAGGCACCACUUGUUUCCUCCUGCACCCACUUUUGAAACUGCUAACCUAGAUCUGUUUGUUUGGGGGGGGAUCUGAAAGUCAUCGCACCCAUUUCACAGGAAAUUCAUGCAUGUAUACACAGCAGGCCAGAUCCUUUCUGCUGAUGUCGCACUGAUGUGUAUGUUCUCAUUGUUUCGUUUCAUGGUAAGCUCUAUCCUUUGAGAUACCAGAACUUCCAGAGGUACCAGAUGUGACCCCGUCAGCUCCUGCUGCCCAGUCUCUGAUCUCAGAAAGGGAGAAACUGAGCAGAACCGUCUCCUCCUCUUCCUCAACUACAUCUUCCAGCUCUUCUUAUCACCUCCCACUCUCAAAGUCAAACAGGUACUGCCCUCUGAGGACAGGAUAGACACAUUAUAAUCAAAGUGUAACAUCAUGUCAUGACUGGCCUGGCUGAAAAAUACUGAAACACUUAACCUGCACCUGCGCAUUUUUAUAUCAGGAGUGUUGUGUAUCUCUGGGUCCGCGCAUUUUUGACAUUAAAGGAUGACUCUGUGUAACUUUUUUUCUUCUACAUCAGUUCGGCCUCUCAGGACAGUGGAGGCUUCUUCCUGGUGAAAUCUGGCUCUGUGAGUCGCAGUGGCUCUACCACCUGGGCCAGCCCUGUCGCAGAGAUCACCGCACCAACCCACCCAAACUUAACACCCAGUAGCUCAUCCUCGCUCGACAACAGCUCCACCGUGUCCUCCGACAGUCCGACUGCCUGCGGCCCUUCAGCCAGGAGUCCCACACAAAAGCAGGGCAUCGAGCAAGGCCAGCUGGAGCCGAUUUUAGAGGCACCCCCGGAGUCUCCCAAAGCACUGGUGAAGAUCUCCUCACCAUAUAAACGUGAGUCCAAGUCUCACAGCUCAGACGCUGACUUGUUCUGCUGCAUGUGACUCACUGGCCUUGUUGCAUUACACUCUUAUUGCAUCUGUUCAUUUGGGGAACUCACAAGUGAGAUAUUUUACAACAUUAGUCAAACUUAGUCAAACAGAUGCUGAAAUAUCCUGACUCUUAGGUUUCUAAUACACGCCAAGCUCUGGGAUUUACCACAAUAUAAACCAUUAAAAUGUUGACCUGACUGCUUGGUAAACAGACUGUUUUUCCUUCAGUUUUAACAAGUCCAUGUCGUGCUUUCUGCUAACUCAAGCUGCCAUAAUCUGUAUGACAUCAUUUGACAUUAUUGGAGGUAUUACAGGUUUUCAGAAAGCCCCUUUCAUUGCCACAGGAUACAUUAUGAGUCACUAUCUUACAAGCCACUCUACAAAUUAACCAGCCUUCCUGUGCAAAAUAUUUGUAAUGUCCUUUUAGGUGGAUAUUGACUUUUCUUCAGUCAUAUUCUGUUGAUUUCAGGUACAGGGAACAAGUGUGUCUCAUUAUUUAAACAUCUCUUUCUGUUAUAGUGAGACGUCCCUUAUAGGUUCUUUACCUCUUGCUGUUUCCUCUCUUUUAAAGUCCAAGUUCUGUUUUGUUCAGUCGAGCUGACAGUGAGAAAAUACAUUUACUGCUCUUGUUGUAAUGACCAGGAAGUGCACAGGAAACAGGAAGUCUCUGACCACUGACAAAAAUAUCAGCCUCUGGUUGUGCGUCAUCUCUCAGUUGUUGGAGCUGCCGCGCAGAAAUACUUUCCCUUAUAAGUCGCCUUGUUAUGAAAUUUUCAUCAAAGUACAAAACUGAUUCAUGAGUCAUACUGUUUGUUAUCGUAACCCUCAUUUUUAUCUCUAUGCAUGAAGCAGCAAUGUUUCACCAGUUUAACCAACAAAACCACUAGAUGGGUUCCCUGAAUAUCUGAUCAACAGACAACAUACUGUAUAAAAGCUCUCUUCAGCUAAAACAGCCACUCUAAAGACAGCAUUAGCCUGCCUGACAAACAUAAGCUCCUGAAUCCUGAAAGCAGCAAAGUGGUCUUCUUCGCAUCGAUCACUAAUUCAGACUGGGAUUUAAAGGUUGAUUGGCUGAGCUGCUAAAAUAUUAAAGGAACAAAACCAAGUUUGAGUGCUUCAAAGAGGUAAAAUAUCUGGGGGUGAAAUCUGUGACUGAUAUCUUCAAAGAGUCUCAGUUUUCCUGAGACUCAAGCUUUUAUCAAAAUGAUGAAAGUUUUGCUUUAAAAUUUACCUUAUAUAUCCCUAUAAUGCCUAAAACUACAAAUUAUGGCCAGAAAAUGAAAAAUUUUUUUGGAGCUGAAAUGUGUAUUUUACUUACUACUGAAACCAAAAAAUCCAAAAUGUCCUUAAAAUUUAACAGAUAUAUUUAUCUAUCUCGCUUGAUACAUUAGAUGUCUUUGGAAUCUGAUAAACCACAAGAGGAUAUUUUUAUCAUUUAUCGGACUGUUUUUUAAGGUGUAUUUUUAGUAAUUUGUUGAUCAUAUUGAUUUAAUAGAGGUAUCAUAAAAUUAUGUAUCAAAUAUUAUGCAAAAGACAAUAAAGGGAUAUUUAAGAAAUAAGGCCAAUAGAAACAUGCCAUCCACCCAAACUGGAGCUGAAAAAUUAUUUUUUCAGUCUAACAGAAACUUAUUAAACUUUUUUUUUAUUUUACCAUGAUGUGUUUUUUUAGUUAAUCAAUUUUCUUAAUCAGUAGUUUAAAGUGGGGCAGUCAGAGUUUAAGAGUCAAUAAUGAUGCAACAAAGUUUUUAAGUGACCACAUUGUUGUUUUGGCAAACUUCAGUUAACCGAUCACAGUAGCAUCUUCCCUCUGUCUGUUGUUGCUGCUGUGGUGUUAAAAAAAUUGACACCAUCAAGCUUUUAAAGCUCAUUUUUCUUUAAAAUCACCCAGAAAGCUCAGUUUCAGUUGAUGAGUCAAGGUAAAACACUCUCCAUGUCAAAUGGGGUUCAAACAUCACCAUGAGCUAAAUAUACAGGUGCAGGUGUGAAAGUUCCUCAUAGCAGCUUUAAUUCAAUAGCGAGUAUUGUAUUGUUUUUAUGUCCCCUUUAUUACAAUAUGAUGCAAACCAAGUAAGUUAUAGUCCCAGAAACCUAAAACAGACUAUCAAGUAUGGUAUGUUUUAUUAUUGUAUUUUAAUGGGUUAGUGUCCAGUUACUUCCACAGCAGUACUAGCCUACAUUUUACACCAUGAGUUUAUGGUCAUGUAAAACCAAGUAAAGAUGUAACAACAAAUCUUCUUAGUAUUUUGAGGGUUGUAGUACUUUUAUUAUAAAGAGGAAGAUUUUAAUUUGUCUCUUCGAAGCUGGGUAGAGUUGCCAAGAACAAGUAAAGGUGCAGCAUCAGUAGUGUACGUUUGUGUGGUACAUCCCUCUUUUUGUACAGAUAUCUCUCUCUACAGUAUUACAGAUGACAUGCAUCAGUAAUAACUAUCAUACAUAACGACCCCUUUUAAAUGUAAAUUCUCUGAAUGCUCUCUGGUAAUCACAAUCUCUUUCUUUUGUCAUCCUGCAGCUAAACGAUCUUUCAACUUGAACAAACCACUUCAGCCCAACGAGCAGCUGAGUGUUCAGUUCUCCAGAGCAAAACCACCAGUCUUCCCAAAACAAGCACCUCCACCUCCCAACCCUACCACCACCCCAGCCCCAGCCCAAACCCCUACCCAAGCUCCACCUGUUGCAGAGACAAAGACCCUGCCCAUACCAGCACCCCGAGGUCAGGCAGGCCUGAAAAAGCCUCCUCCGAAAAAGCCUGGACUCAAAGCCCCGAACUGCCCUCCACCUCUGCCUCCUUCUUCACAAGCAAAAGAGGUUCCCUCUAUAGCACAGUGAGAAUUUGACAGUGUCACUCAUUGAUAGUGUGAUUUAUUUAGUUUUAGUUCUUUACAGGAUAAUUUAACUUCUUAGCAGCAUCACUGUUUCAGCAAAGUUAUCAGUGAUGCUCUCUGUAAUCAAAAGUUAGACAUGGUGGAAACUUCCAACCAGAGGGGGCAGCAAAUCCCUGUUUUACUGGUGACAUUUCAGAUACCGUUCUAACAGCGAAUGUUUUGUGACCUAGGGUUUUAUAACGGACAUUUUUGGCUUGCUCAGUGUAAUCAAUUUAACUAUAUAAAAACAUUCAUUUUGACUCUCAGAGUUGCAUCUUAGUCAAUUUUAUAGACUACCAAAGUUUCCAUUACCACCAUGAUUUAUUUAUUCUCUAUUAACUUGUGCAUAAUGAUUCCCAGAGGCAAAGUUAGUGCUGCAAAUAAAGAAAUUUUUGGUAAAUGAAAGAAAACAGCAACAAA